UUUCUCUGAUUGGAGAACAUAUAAAGAAUAUAACUGCAUUGUAUCUCAUAUCUGCGUUUGUAGGCUUAUCUUAGCUCAGGUUUGAUUGGUUUGAUUUACUGUAUAGAUUUCUCAACACCGAGUUUGAAAAAUUCGCUUCGUCAAAGAUCUCUUCCGGAUGCAUUCUACAAGAAAAUUUUUUUCUUUGUCCAUGCCCAUUUUCAUUGUUUAUAUCUAGAUAGAACUGCAUGUAAAAACAAUGAUUGCGACUGCUGUUUCGAGGGAAUUCCAAUCAGAGACUUGGUGUGAAUGAACACCGCGAACACACAAGGCCGCAACUGUGCGGCGAAAACGUUACGCGGUCGUGUACUCGUUACGCGUAUGCAAGUUUGGCUUUCGUCCAACCGCUGGAUUUGAAUUUCAAAAAUCCAGGACACACACGCUGGAUCCAAUAUGCAAACUUCAGCGAUCGCGAUUGUUUGAAACAGAAAUAGCUUUUAUUUAUGAUAAUCCGACCCGCGACCGACGUUACGUCGCGCACGCGCGCAAACGGCAUCGUUAACUUGAUAAGUUAAUAAUUAAGUGUUCGGGAAACCGGGCCGAUAAAUUAAAUAUGUUCGCCUCGAACUCAGUAUGGAACGAAAAAGGAAAUUAUUAAUACGUAAACGCGAUAAAGGCGCAACUACAAUUUUCAUUAACUAAUUCGUCACGUGCGUGCCUGCAUGCAAGUGACAAAUUAAUGCAUGGCACUCGUCAGUUUCUGCGAAGUCAAUGACAAUUGUUAACACAGGUGCGAGUAAAAGUACCAGAGGGAAAACUCCGGAGGUCGAUACGCACGGUUACGCAACACGACGAACGUUAAGCAGUCGGUUCGCCGACUGCUUGAUCUCUUCUAUCAAAUAAUUUCUCGCGCUACGCGUGCAUUUUCGCAAACGACUCUUUCCCGAUAGAGCCACGAGCGUGGCGUGGACGGAAUUAUUGCGGAAGUGGCAAAAACUUAUCGCGAAUUUACAUAAGGCCUUCACGGCGAUCCGCGUACACGAUUAUGACUCUAUUGCCUUAAAUUUUUUUUUACCAUUUCUUCAUGUACAGUCGAGAAUUAUCAGCGAAACUCUGUGAGAAACAAUUUUCCUUGUCGAAGAUCAUCAACACGUACACGCGGUCGGUCCUCUGUGACACGAGUCCCCUUUCAUUUAAAGGUCGUGAUACGCGGCGAUUAUGUCAUCCCGGCGUGCAGCCACGCAAACUGCGAAACCUGACCAUCUCGCUCUUCCUCUCGCUAGGAUUUUUCUCUCGCGCUCCUCGCGCAGCCAGGCUCUUUAUAUCCUUUCAACAGUAACGCUAUUGUGCAGCACGCGCAUGCAGAAUGUUUUAAAUACCACGUAUAGACGUACAUAUUCCGCACACGCAUGCGGUAAAAAUUUUUCUUUUUUGUUAGGAAUUUGUCGGGUAUAUCAGCAACUCGAGUGUCUUAUAUACUAAUAUUUUUUCUAUUUUAUCUGACCUAUCUAUCUAUUUUAUUCACAUGAUUUUUCUAGUAUUAUAUACAUUACGUUAAUUAAUAUUUGUACAUUUACGUUACAAACAUAUAAACGUUUGUGCCAAUGUUUGAGUGAUUUUAUAAUUCUCAAUUAAACCGACUCAAAAUUAUUAAAACGAUCAUUAUGCUUCGGAGAUACUGGUGUGACAACGUCCCUAAACUGAAUGCGAAUCAACAUUUAGGUCGAAUUUAAUUUUAGUACCGUCAAAUCCGAGCCAAAGUUGCAACCGGCGACGGCACGACGAGCUUUUUACGCACAGGUGUUCGGGCUCGUUAUUUCGACUGCUCAUUAUCGGCCAAUGAAAUGAUCUCUCUUUAUCUGCUGAUUAGCGUGGAAAGUUUUCUCGCACAUUAUACUUGACAGCAUUUGACAUCUGCCGCGUUAUCUGCGGCUCGAACGAAAAUAAUUAUUAUCUUCCCGCCAAACCGAUAAAUAGUAACAAGCCAGUGUUUACAGUUUAUAUCGCUCGCUCGCGCGAUACUCGUCCAUCAAGAAAGAAAAAUUCACCGCGAACUUGCGUACUUUCAAAACGAUUUCGACGAAUGACAAACGCUGAAAAAUCUUGCGUACUGUCCGCUCGAGCCUCGACUCCUCGAGCCGAUCUCCAUCUCCAUCGGUUCGACACGAAAAAUAACGGCGUGCAAGAUCCGGAGAAGACCUCGCUGGUGGACUCGGCGCUGCUCCCGAAAAUCCAGCCGUCCGCGCUGCUCAAUGACGAGAGAGCGAGUCUGGCGGCGAACGGCUCCGCCGCGAACGGCGAUCCUGAGGACCCCCGGACGCCCAGGGGUAGCGCCGUCAGACAAGUCGUGGCCGCCCUAGUCGCCCAGCUCGGUACCAUCAACACGGGCAUGGCGUUCGGCUUCUCCGCUAUCGCCCUGCCACAACUCCAGGAGCCAGACAGCAUCAUUCCCAUCAAGGAAGGAUCGACGGAGGAAUCGUGGAUCGCUAGCAUGUCCUCCAUCGGUACGCCGAUCGGCUGCCUGGUUUCCGGGUACAUGAUGGACAUGUUCGGCAGGAAGCGGUCGCUCAUCAUCACGGAGGUGCCGGCGCUCCUCGGAUGGCUGCUGAUCACAUUCGCGACCGACAUACACAUGAUAUACGCCGGUCGAUUCUUCGUUGGUUUGGGGUCGGGCAUGGUGGGCGCGCCAGCCCGCGUCUACACGAGCGAGGUGACGCAGCCGCAUCUACGGGGGAUGCUGACCGCCGUCUCGAGCGUCGGUGUCAGCACCGGGGUGCUGAUAGAAUACGCCCUCGGAAGCCUGCUCGCGUGGAACGUCUGCGCCGCCAUCAGCGGUAUCUUGCCGCUCACCGCCCUGCUGCUAAUGUUCUUCUUUCCGGAGACCCCGUCCUACCUUAUAUCGCGCAACCAACCGGACCAGGCGAAACAGGCGCUGCGGAAGUUCCGCGGCAGUACUUACAACGUGAACCGGGAGAUGGAAACCUUGGUGGAAUUCUCCAACAAGAACAACAUCAAGCGACUUACCGGAUUCCGGGAGAUCGUGUGCGCUCUGCUGAAACCCAACGCGCUCAAGCCGUUCACUCUGCUAUUUCUGUACUUCUUGAUAUACCAAUGGUCGGGCACCAACGUCAUAACUUUCUACGCCGUAGAGAUCUUCAAGGACUCAGGAGCGAGUAUGAACAAGUACUUAGCGGCGGUGAUAUUGGGAAUAGUCAGGCUCACCUCCACGAUCGUCGCAUGUGUCCUGUGCCGAAGAUGCGGCAGGAGACCGCUCACGAUGGUGUCCUCCGUCGGGUGCGGGCUCUCCAUGUUGGGACUAGGCGGGUACAUGUGGUUGAAAAAUUAUUGGGUCGCGAACAACCUCCCGCUCGUCGCCACGUGGAUCCCGGUCGUGUGCAUAUUCUCGUACACCAUCACUUGCACUCUCGGCUUUCUGGUGAUCCCAUGGGUGAUGAUAGGCGAGGUCUACCCCGUGCAAGUACGCGGUAUUAUCGGUGGCCUGACCACCAUGUGCGCGCACACCUUUGUCUUCAUGGUCGUUAAAACUUAUCCCUUCCUGGCCAGCGCGCUCACCCGACACGGCACGUUCAUUCUCUACGGCUGUAUAUCCAUGUUCGGCACGAUAUAUUUCUACAUAUGCCUUCCGGAAACUAAAGAUAGAACGUUACAAGAAAUCGAGGAUUAUUUCUCCGGUAGAACCAACAAUCUGACGACCGGCAGAAUAAGUAACAAGCCAAAGGUUCUAGAAAUUAAAAAGGGCCAGAUAUUACCGUGAAAAAGAGGACCAUUUUUAAUCAUAUAACUUUUGCAAUGUCGCUUACUUUAAAAGAAUCUACUUUAAUUAGGAGAGAGAGAGAGAGAGAGAGAGAGAGAGAGAGAGAGAGAGAGAGAGGAAGGUAUUUUGCUUAAUUGUUAGCGACUAAGAACGUUAUCUACUUUUACAAUAAAAUGGGCAAGUACUCUAACUUUGACGUUUGCUUUGUGACAAAUAUAUAUCGUAGAAAAUAAGAUGAAAUAUUUUUAGACAAACGAUGAGAUAUAACGAUAAGACAAAAAUAUGUGUACACUUUAUAAUUCUAAAAUUAACAAAACCAGUUUUUACUAUUAAAGAGAAAAUGUUAUUGUAAUAUUACAUUAUUGUUAUUUAUAAAAUGUUAUAUUAUUUUUCAGCAUACAUGUAUUUGUUCACAAAGCAUGAAAAUGAUUAACUACGUGCUAUUAGCAGACAUUAACGUUCUCAUAUCCUCAAUCACACACGAGAUAUUAUUUGAGCAAGGUAACAAAGAAUACGGAAAAUUUUAAUUAUAAUCCUCCCGCGUGUACUCGCGAGGAUGUAAAAUACGAAAGACCACGUAUCUCUUAAUGACUUAAACGAGGUACGCGCUAAUAAAAAGGUGGUGCUAUUUAUUAUAUGUAUAAAUCAUAGUAUUAAACUGUACUGUAAUGUGUGCUACGUGUAACGAUAGCGUUAAUAGGAGCCUAAGACAAAUACGAACGUGUAGAGAGCGUCCUAUAUAUAGGAACUAUUUUAUAAAUUCAUAAAGAUAUUUUGCGUGUCGACAGCUAAUAUAUUUUAUAGAACUAGAUAACAAAUUUUCAAGCAUGUAUUUAUUACAAAGCACAGUAGAUCAAGUGCCAUCUGUUAUUAUCAUGUGCAAUCUAAAAUCAUAAUAAUGAAUGAAGGUAAACGUUCAUCUCUCUGCAUACUAAACAAAUGCCUUAUAAUGAUCGUUAUAUAUGAGAGUUUUGAUGAAUGAAUGACUAUAUAAGUGACUUAUUUUUUUAUAAGAAAAUACAUCUCGUGCUCAUUUA